AUGGUGGCUCCGGCCUCGACCGCUGCGGCGAACUCGAUGGCUGGUCAACCACCCAUAGGCCGUCUGCCUACCCGCACCGCGAGCACGCACCCGUCGCAUUCCCACAAUGUUCCCUUGAGCGCUCGGAGAUCAGCGCCCCUGGACCUGUCAACGGUUGAGCGGCGCGGUCAACCCAAUGCUCCUCGCGAGCCGAGCAAGCGCGUGCGCCCGCAUGGCUUGCCCGAAGCCCCGACCUUUCGUCCAACCGAGGAAGAGUUCAAGGAUCCUGUGGCCUAUAUUCAGAAGAUUGCACCGGAAGGCAAGAAAUAUGGAAUCUGUCGAGUGAUCCCUCCGGAAAACUGGCAGCCUCCCUUCGCCAUUGAUACAGAGCGAUUUCACUUCAAGACCCGUCGACAAGAACUCAAUUCGGUCGAAGGAGGUAUGGCCCCGCGUACAGCCGAUGUUGCUGCCGGUGGAACCUCUCCGCAUGGCGGUUCUAACCCGGACUCUAACCCAGGAAACCGCGCCAACAUGAAUUACAUCGACGGGCUCGCCAUGUUUCAUAAACAACACGGGACGAAUUACAGUCGUCUGCCCAGCGUUGACAAGCGCCCUUUGGACCUCUACAAGCUAAAGAAAGCGGUGGAGGUUCGGGGUGGUUUUGAAUCGGUCUGCAAAACCAAGAAAUGGGCUGAGAUUGGUCGUGACCUUGGCUAUAGUGGAAAGAUCAUGUCCUCCCUGUCAACCUCCCUCAAAAACUCGUACCAGCGUUACCUCCAGCCCUACGAGGAAUAUCUUGCUCGGGCAAAGCCUGGCGUUCAACAGCAACUGGAGUUGGAGCAGGGUGGUCCGUAUACGCCGUCCCCUCGCCAGUCGCCUAUGACCAAGAAGCCCACCCUCGAGGAAAAUGGCACACCUUCGAAAUCCCGUGAUGAAACUCCGGCCAUGCGUAUGCCACCUGCUGCGAGCACGCCCAUAAUCGAAAAGUCCCGUGACCAAAUUGCUCCAUCAGUGGAGCCAACACCACCACCAUUACCACGCCCAGCACCAUCAGGAUUCACCCCAGUCAAUGCCGCCGCCGCCGGUUUCACAGCCGUCAAUCACUCGCCCGCAUUUACACCAGUGAAUAGCGCGCCUGCCAUCAAGCAUGAAGGAGAGAAUGGUGUUUCGACCCCCAAGAGUUUGGCUGAUCAUCCCUCUCAUUCUACGCCUGUACCCAACGGUCAACCCGGACAACCUGUGAAGCGUGCUAUCAGCCACGACAGUGGCUCUCAAGCUGACAAUGGUGACGAUGGCGGAAGUGGGCGACGAAGCAAGCGGCUCAAGAAAGAUGGCGCCCCACCGACUGUGGCUGGCUCACACAUGACUCUCCUCCGCCCUGCGCCGCCGAAGGCCCGCAAGGACGCUGUGGAGAGAACCGGAGAUAAAUGUGAAGUAUGUGCGAAAUCGGACAAUCGUUCGUCCAUUCUCGUUUGUGACAGCUGCGAGCUUGGCUACCACACAACCUGCCUUGAUCCAUCGACUUCGGCUCCUUCAGAUCAUGAUUGGCACUGUCCCAAAUGUCUGGUUGGCACCGGCGAAUUUGGUUUCGAGGACGGUGGUGUAUACUCUCUGAAGCAGUUCCAAGAAAAGGCCAACGAGUUCAAAAAGCGCUAUUUCGCUUCGAAGAUGCCAUUUGACCCGGUUCUCAAUACUCACCGACGCGAGACCGAGGAUGACGUGGAGGCCGAAUUUUGGAAAUUGGUGGUAGACCUGCACGAGACUGUUGAAGUAGAGUAUGGGGCCGAUAUCCACUCAACCACCCAUGGCAGUGGCUUCCCCACCAUUGAGCGCAACCCCCUUGACUCGUAUUCGUCUGACCCGUGGAACUUGAACGUUCUUCCAUUCUUUGGCGAUUCGCUCUUCCGUCAUAUCAAGUCCGAUAUUUCCGGCAUGACUGUGCCCUGGGUUUAUGUUGGCAUGUGUUUCUCUACUUUCUGCUGGCAUAACGAAGAUCAUUAUGCCUAUUCGGCCAACUACCAGCAUUUUGGUGCUACCAAAACCUGGUAUGGCAUUCCUGGUGCUGAUGCAGAAGCAUUUGAGUCCGCAAUGAGAGAAGCAGUUCCUGAGCUGUUCGAAGGCCAGCCGGAUCUCCUCUUUCAACUUGUUACCCUGAUGCCCCCCGACAAGCUCCGCAAGGCCGGGGUCAAUGUUUACGCAGUAGACCAGCGCGCUGGUCAGUUUGUGCUUACAUUCCCUCAGGCUUAUCACGCAGGCUUCAACCAUGGCUUCAACUUCAACGAGGCCGUCAAUUUUGCGCCCGCAGACUGGGAGCCAUGGGGAGCCGCAGGGGUGGAGCGACUUCAGACCUUCCGCCGGCAUCCAUGCUUUUCCCAUGAUGAGCUGUUAUUUACUGCCGCAGCCCGGGAUACCUCUAUCACGACAGCUAAAUGGCUUGCGCCUGCUCUUGAGCGAACCUGCAAUAGGGAAAUUGCCGAUCGAGCUACAUUCCUAGCUAAACAUCAGGAGGCUGCACCUCACCAUUGCAGCAUUGGCGCUGAAACCCCAACAGGAAAUUGUCAACUCAAGUUCAUAGUAGAGGAGGAAGAUCUUCCGGAGGAUGACUAUCAAUGUCAACACUGCAAAGCCUACACUUACCUCACCCAGUUCCGUUGCCACAAGUCAGGAAAGACCCUUUGUCUCCUGCAUGCUGACAUUUACGACUGCUGUGGUGAGUCCGUAUCUCAAAAGCUUGGGGGAUCCGGUCAUACCUUGCGCUACCGGGCAAGUGACGACGAGCUCAAGUCGAUGGUCCAAAGGGUUCAAGAACGAUCCAGGAUUCCGGAAAUUUGGGGAGAGAAGCUCGACAAGACCUUGGAGGAUGAGCCCAAGCCCCAGCUCAAGGCUCUCCACAACUUGCUCAGUGAAGGUGAGAAAAUCCCAUACCACCUACCUGGCCUCCAAGAUCUUGCCGCCUUCGUCCAGCGUUGCGAUAAAUGGGUUGAGGAGGCGAACAACUACAUUACCCGGAAGCAGCAGAACCGCAGAAAAAACGAGAAAGCCUGGCGCAAGACCGGUUCCAAGGCGGCGCAGCUGGACGAUCGCGACCGGGAAGUUCGAAGAGUGGAUCAUAUCUACGCCCUACUAGCAGAGGCUGAUAAACUUUCCUUCGACUGUCCACAGAUGGCCGCCCUGGAAGAGAAGACCCGCGAGAUCGAGAAAUUCCGCCAGGACGUUAACGCUGCCCUGAUGAACCCGCAUGUUCGCACAAGCCAGGAGAUUGAAGAACUUGUUGAAAAUGGUCGAAACUUCAAUGUGGAGAUACCGGAAGUGGAACACCUGGAACGCAUCCAUCGGCAAAUGAAAUGGACCGAAGACGCUUCUCGCAAACGGGACCAGUAUCUUACACUCAAGGAUUGCCAGGAACUCGUGGCCGCUGGAGAACAACUUGGUUUGAGCGACGACAACCAGCAUCUUGCUCACUUCAAAGAAUUUUCUCGACACGGUGAAGCUUGGGAAGCCAAGGCCAAGGAACUUAUGUCCGUGGAAGCUGUUCACUACCAGCAACUUGAGGCACUCUCUGCCCAAGCCUCUCGAUUCCCCGUUUCUCCGGAGACCCUCGGUGCCGUUGAUGCUAUUUUGACCAAGCAACGGGAGGCUCAAAAGCGAAUCCAAACUCUUUAUGACAAGAGCAAGGACCCUGAUUUGCGUAAUCGACCGAAGUACAAAGAUGUCCGGGAGCUCACAGAGUCUUUGGAGCAGCUUAACAGUCGGCCUAUUGGGGCAAUUGACCUGGAACGUGAGCAAAAGCGACACGAGGACUGGAUGAGAAAGGGCAAGAAACUCUUCGGCAAAGCUAAUGCUCCAUUGCAUAUUCUAAAAUCACAUAUGGAACAGCUACCGCCCCCUGUGGAACCUUCAUCGCGGGAUAACUCUCCGGACGGGCUCCUGGAGAACCCCACCACCAAUGUGUGGGGCCCGAAAUCAGGGAAGCGCGAUGUGUUCUGCAUUUGUCGGCGUUCGGAGGCAGGGAUGAUGAUUGAAUGUGAAGUCUGUCAUGAAUGGUACCAUGGCAAGUGUUUGAAGAUUGCUCGCGGCAAAGUCAAGGAAUUUGACAAAUAUACUUGUCCUAUCUGCGACUGGCGCCAGAAGAUUCCUCGUGACGCUGCCCGACCCAAGCUAGAAGAUCUUCAAGACUGGCAAGCCGAAAUUGCCGGCCUCCCUUUCCAGCCAGAUGAGGAAGAGGUCUUAGAUAGAAUUGUCGGUCAAGCUACGGCCUUCCGCGAUUUCCUGCACGGGUUUACCAACGCUGCGUGCACCACCACGGAGGAGGUGCCCACUUUGAUCUUCUAUUUGCGCAAGAUUGAGGGCGCCGAGGUUCUUCUAGCCUACGAGACCAACUUCUUCCGACAGGAGAUUCACAAAUGGGCGCCUGUUGCACCCGAACCACCACCAAUUCUGGAACAGUCCCUGUCGACUCGCAAGCCGCGGCCAACGAAGCAGCAGAAGAUUAUGGCUCAACUUGGCGUGGAUCGCCCCGAGGACCUUCCCGAGCAUCUUCGUUCCAAGCACAUCACUACAAGCAAACGAAAAUCAGUGGAUAUUUCUAUAACUCGCCCUACGUCCCUGCAGCCCGUGCCGCCAACUCCAACCAACAACGCGCCCACCAGUGCCGGGCCCACGCUGACUCCGAUGUCUGACUCCAACCCUGCAUCCUACCCUUUCUCUGCCAACUAUUCGCUUCCUGCGAGUGAUCCUACCCCAGCAUUUGCGCCUACCUCCUCUUCCGCCUUCCUACCUGCCGCCGCCGCUUCCCAGUCUCCUUCAUUCCUCCCUCGAUCUCCCACUCCUCAGCAGAGUAUUGAACCUUCUCUCUUCAGCCCGCCUCGCUUCGGCCGUGAUCCUCCAUUCGCCAGCAGUAGCCCUCGUCAAAACCUCGAAGAUGUGUUUGCGGACCUCACGAAUCAGGAAGAUGCCGAGCCCGACGCGGAGCCCAUGGAGAAUCUUCACGCGACGGAGGCCCUGGAGGCUCUCAAUGCUAGCAACGGCAGUAGCCGGGCACCGUCGCCACAGGAUGAGCCAGCCCCGGGCGGUAAUACGCAGAAUGCCAGCACAAUUGUAGGCGAGACCGAGAAUCCUGAGUCGGAGCUUUGA